CCCUUGAUAGAAAGAAAAACCCCAACCAACUCCAAUACAAUAGAGUAAUAAUUAAUAACAACAUUUCCAUGCCCAUCAUCUCUCCCUCUCCCUCAUGCCAAACUCAAAUCUCCACGAUGUUCAUCACCCUAAAAACGUCACCGUCUCUCUUUCACCGAUACAGCCUCCAUUUCCGCUCUUCUAAUUCCUCGAAAUACAAAUACCGCUGCCUUCUUGACCAAAUUGCCCCCGUUUCCGCCAACGUCAUCGCUGCCGCCGUCGCCUCCUCUGGUUCUGGCUACCUCCAUGGUGCAGUUACCUCUGCAAUAACUCACGUAGCUGUUACCGCCGUCGCUAUUGCCUCCGGCGCUUGCCUUUCCACCAGGGUGGAUUUUUUAUGGCCCAAAGGAGAAGAACAACCUGGUUGUUUUAUAGUGGAUGGGGUUGAUGUGACUGGGUACCCGAUAUUUAAUGAGGCCAAGGUGGUUAAGGCUAUUGCAUUUGCUAAGAAAGCUCACCAUGGCCAGUUUCGCAAAACUGGAGACCCUUAUUUCACUCACUGUAUCCAUACUGCUAGAAUCUUGGCUAUGUUGGUUCCAUCUACUGGCAAACGAGCCAUCGACACACUUGUUGCUGGGAUUCUCCAUGAUGUGGUUGAAGAUACAAGCGAGAGUUUACUCAGUAUAGAAGAAAACUUUGGUGAGGAUGUGGCAAAGUUAGUAUCUGGUGUUUCCAAAAUUAGUUACGUAAAUCAGCUGCUAAGGAGACAUCGUAGGCUAAAUGUGAACCAGGGUACCCUCGGUCAUGAUGAGGCAAAUAAUUUACGAGUGAUGCUCUUGGGCAUGGUUAAUGAUCCACGUGUGGUGCUCAUCAAGCUUGCAGAUCGUCUUCACAACAUGAGAACCAUUUAUGCCUUGCAACCUUCAAAGGCUCGAGCUGUAGCUGAAGAGACCUUGCUUAUCUGGUGCUCACUUGCUUCCAGACUGGGUUUGUGGGCAUUGAAAGCAGAGUUGGAAGAUUUAUGCUUUGCAGUUCUUCAGCCACAACUAUUUCAAAAAAUGCGGGCUGACCUAUCUUCCAUGUGGAGCUCUAGCAAUAGACCUGGAUAUCUGAGAAGAAUUAUAGCUUGGAAUGAGAAAAAUUCAACUCUUGGUUGUGAAAAUUCUGUGACAAUUGACAAGGAUGUCUCGACCAUGAAGGAUCUUUUAGAAGCUGUAGUGCCUUUUGAUAUCUUGCUAGAUCGAAGAAAACGGUCUAAAUUUCUUAAUGAUCUUGGCCUAACAUCAGAGACUCAAACACGGCCCAAGGUUGUGCAGGAUGCUGGAAUUGCUUUAGCAUCUCUUGCUGUUUGCGAGGAAAUGCUGGAGCGGGAGCUAUUUAUAUCAACUUCUUAUGUUCCUGGAAUGGAAGUAACUUUAUCUAGCAGACUGAAAAGCUUGUAUAGCAUCUAUAGCAAGAUGAAACGGAAAGAUGUCAGCAUCAAUAAAGUAUAUGAUGCCCGUGCUUUGAGAGUGGUUGUUGGAGACAAAAAUGGAACUUUACAUGGACCUGCUAUUCAGUGUUGCUACAGUCUUCUUGACAUUGUGCAUAGGCUUUGGACCCCAAUAGAUGGUGAACUUGAUGAUUACAUUAUUAAUCCAAAGCCUAGUGGUUAUCAGUCUCUACACACUGCAGUACAAGGUCCCGAUAAUGCACCUUUGGAAGUCCAAAUAAGAACACAGAAAAUGCACGAGUAUGCUGAACAUGGACUUGCUGCCCACUGGCUUUACAAAGAAACUGGAAACACGUUGUCUUCCAUUGGAAGCACUGAUGAAUCUGAAACUGAAGCAUCUUCGUAUCUUUCCAAAGAUAUUGAUGAUCAAACUUCCAUGGAAGAUGAUCAGUUUCAAAAGUACAGAUCCCUCAAAGCAGGACAUCCUGUCCUUAGAGUGGAAAGAAGUCACUUACUUGCUGCUGUUAUAAUCAGAGUAGAAAAGGGUGGAAGAGAAUUGCUUGUUGCUGUUAGCUUUGGAUUGGCAGCUUCUGAAGCAGUAGCUGAUAGAAGAUCUUCUUUUCAAAUAAAGCAAUGGGAAGCUUAUGCAAGAUUAUAUAAGAAGGUAUCUGACGAGUGGUGGUGUGAGCCAGGACAUGGUGAUUGGUGUACUUGCCUUGAAAAGUAUACAUUUUGUCGUGAUGGUAUGUACCACAAGCAAGAUCAAUUUGAGCGCCUAUUGCCAACCUUCAUCCAGGUUAUUGAUCUAAUGGAAGAAGAAGAAUCUGAAUAUAGAGCUGUUCUUUCUGCUGUUUUUGAGGGCAAGCCAGUUGAUUCUAUUGCAUCUAGGCCAAACAUAGACACUGUUGCUUCAACUUCUAUGGAAGCUAGCAUCAAUAAUAAGGUGCGUCUUUUAAGGACAAUGCUUCAGUGGGAAGAGCAACUACGAUAUGAAGCAAUUCUUGGGCAACCAAAGCAUGAGCGGAAGUCUUAUAGUAAUCUUGAAUCCGGGGGCCUGGGGGAAGUGGUCAUUGUAUGUUGGCCUCAUGGUGAAAUAAUCAGGUUAAGAAGUGGUAGCACUGCUGCAGAUGCUGCAAGAAGAGUGGGAUUUGACGGAAAGCUGGUUUUGGUUAAUGGUCAGUUGGUAUUACCCAAUACAGAGCUCAAAGAUGGUGAUGUGGUUGAGGUCAGAGUUUAAAUACACAUUAAAAAAUCAAUUGUAAUUGUCUGGUGUAGAUAGAAGGAGAGGUAGAUGUCAUAGCCAUUCUUAUGAAAAUGUGAUUGUUGCAAUGGAGCUUAGCAUUCAAUGAUUACUCCAUCCCUGGUUGGAGGAAAUAUCCUUAUGCCGAUAGUUGUCAUGAUAUUAGAACAUAUGUCAGCAACAUUUAUUAUUUUUAAUAUGUUAUUUUUUUCUAUCUUA